CGAAACAAGAUGGCGACCACCACGUACUCAAAUAUUUGAUUUAGCAUCACUUUAUGUAGGUUUCUGUAGUCUUGAUAACUCUACUCAUGUCUGGAAAAACACUUCAAAGUAAUCCUUCAUCUUCUAGCUACUCUGCCAAGGUGUGUUUGGAAUUAAUUAUGAUUACUCAAUACUGUAAUUGACAUAAUUGUUAGACAUCAAAGUGAAAGACGAGAACUCGUGGUGUUUUUAGGUACAGCAGUAGUCUAAUGAUGAAUGCUUGUUUUCAUUUGCUAUUUGUUUCACUCACAAUUUUGGCAUUUGAUUGAAAAAAACAGGUCAUACCGAUCUGAUGCUUUACCGUAACGUCAAUGUCUGAAAAAAAUAGCAUAGCAAAGUGAAAAACAGAUGGAAAAAAAAUUUAAAAUAUUUUCAAAAUUUUUGCAGUUAUUUUCUUUAUUUUUCAAAAAUGUAAGGAAAUCUUACCAAAGUUUGGGAUGGAAAGAAGCAGCCUAUGACGGUGAGAUAUCAAAAGUUUGAAGUAAGUUUUUGUUAAAGGGGUGCUGAUAAAGUAUAAGCAGGCAGAAAUUCAACACAAUUAUCAUAAGCAUUGAAGCAAAAUUAAUGAAUAAAAAAUGAUCAGCAGUUUAAGCUUAAAACUGGCCUUUAAUAAUUAAACUAGAGGUAAUCAUUGAUUACUGAUCUGCGUUCAUGACUUACGGAAACAAAAUCGAGUCAAAAGGAGUCCAGUUUCCUGGCCAAGAUGCUCCUGAUAAAAUUAUUAGGGAUGGCUAAUUGGCAGUCACCCAUGACAUCUCGAAAAUUUCUGCCUUUGUGCCACAGGAACACCAGAUUAGGAUGCAUUCUGAUGAACGCGAUCAUUCUCGUGCAACCUUUUUUCAAAAAAAUUCCAAUGUUUUAUUUUUUUCAGGUUGCUGCUGUUUUCCUCUUCAAUCUUCUUGUUGGUGUUGGAAUUCUUGCUCUUCCUUCAGCUAUUGCCAAAGCUGGAGUCAUUGCAGGGAUACUAAGCCUUACUACUGUGUCUUUUAUGGCAUUUAUAAGCGUUACAUUUAUGAUAGAAGUUCUUGCAACGGCAAAUGCAUGGCGGGGAACAAAGACUGUAGUAGCAAGGAAAGCUUUGGUAAAAGGAUAUCCAGCACAAGAUGACAGUGUGGCACAGAUUAGUCAGAUAAAAGUCAAGAAUGAUGUAUUCUCUGCUCCACUAUUUGAAAUUGAAGAGAAAUUUGAAAUGGGUUAUAUGGCAGAGCUGUUUCUGGGGACUGCAGGAUCUACGUUCUUCUAUGCUGUACUUUGCUUAUAUUUAUAUGGGGUAAGUACAAUCCGUCUGUUCAUAAUUUUACCGGUGACCAGAGAAAAUCACAACCCUAAUCUCCAAGUUUCUAUUUACACAUGCUCGGCAUUGUGUAGCCAGCAUUCAUUUGCACUCCCACUAAUAAUAAAUGGAAAGCAUAGAAUGCAGUCUUCUAUUUCUCAUAAUCUGAUCAGGCACAUUUUGACCUUCUGUCGUGUGAAACUUAUGCAAAGCAUAGCACUGGAGCAAGAACAUUUUGAUCUUCGACAGAUUGCACCUACACUCCCUAACCUUUGGUCAUCAUUAGUAUUAAAAUUUAAGUGGCACAUGUCUAUACUAACAGCUGUACCACGGUCUUUGAGUUGCAUUGUAUUUGACUGGGGACUAUCAGGGAAAAAGGUGAUAAUCAUGAAUUAUACCUGUUAUCACUGGAUUUUUUUUGUUCAAUUCUUUCAGUUUUUUUCAGUCCAUUUUAGAAUAGAUAUUUAUACCAUUGUUGGGUGCCAUGAGUAUGCUUCCUUGACUAGCAUCAAAGUUCUCCUUGAUUGAUGGUGGUAAAAAUAAUACCAACAUAAAUUUAGCCAGGGCGAAAAGGGAAGCUUCCAUGUAGACGUUUAUAAUUUACUUCAGACAACAAACUUGUGGAGCCACUGCAAAGAAAUCUAUAAUCUUAGGGGAGGACUAAAUGACCAUAGGACUUUUGAGGACUAGCUGACAAACAUAAACUUGAGCUUGUGAUCAAUUAAAAGAUAAUAACCGGUGAGCGGAAAACCUCAAAAAAAUACAUGUGACCUCAAUAAGUUGGCACCUGAGUUGCAAUAUGGUCACGUGAUGCCAGUCAGCGGAUGCCAUGAUUUGACAGCUGUCAAUAUCAUCAAGUUAAACACAGGUUACAGGCUUCCAUUCUAGCUAGAAAUGUGACAUUUCACAUUGGUUUGCCUGUGGUGUGGUUGGAUAGAUGCAUAGAUAAUGAAAUUUUUUUUCCCAUGGUGCUCUCCUCAUCAGUUCAAAAUGAAUUGCAUGGAGAACAGUGCAGGGAAAAUUCAUACAGAUAUUAGGUUUUCGUAGGUUAAUGUAUCAGUUUGCUUCCAAGAAUUAAAUUUAUAGCUAAAGGUGCAGAUCAUAGCCUUCACCAACUCUAUUUAUCAUUACAAUGAGGUUUGUGACGGUCUUCUCUUCACUUGCAGGAUCUGGCAAUUUAUGCUGUCUCAGUAGCCACAACACUUGAGAAAGCUGUUGGAACAAGUCAUCAAAUAUCUUACUAUUCUUUCCUCUGGGGCUUUAUCAUGUUAAUAGGACCAUUUUGUUUUUUCACUUUUCAAAAGACUACAUAUCUUCAGCUGUUUACCAUGGUUAUGAGGAACUCUGCCAUGGGCUUAAUGAUUUUGUUGACAGUUUUAGACAUUGCAAAUGGACAUUAUGUGCCAUCUGAUCAGUUGAUAUUAUGGGACACAGAAAAGUCAAAAGAGGUGUGUUUCAUCUAUUAAUAUUUCAGUUCUUUUAGUAAAUAUCAAAUUAAGUUAAUUUAAAUCUUCAUUUUAAACAUAUGCACCUUAAUUAAUUUUACAAAUGUGUCAUCUUGCCUUAAAUUCUUUUUUUACAUGUAUAUAUUUGAGAUCAUUUUAUUUCCAUAAGCCAUGAAGAAUAUCACUAAUCAUAGGAAUGGAAGACCACUACAUAUUUUGCGGGAUAAAAAAGUCUUCCACAGAGAUGUUUGAAAAACAAAAUCAGUGCCUGUGACAUGUUGAUCACAUUAUUUCUCAUUUCUUCACUGAGCUUAAAAUUUACCAUUAUUCUUUAAUUAUCACACACAUGACCAUUUCAACAUUGCUGAUCCAAGCAGUAUGCAGAGCGCAUGUAAUACACAAACCUUGUAUAUGGCCCAGCUCACCACAAGUCCUUUGUAGCUCAGUGGUCAGGGCAUCGGACCAGUGUACAGAGGGUCAUAGGUUUAGUUCCUUUCCAGGACUCAGAUUUUUUUCUUUGUCCCGUGCUCGUGACAUGUUGAUCACAUCAUUUCCUAAUUUUGCCAAAAUCAGCAAGUGGUUAAUCAAUCUCAGCAAGUUAAUUCCUUCCAUUCCAUUAAAGCCCUGGCCUAUUCUAAUUUUUAUUUUUUGUAAUUGUUCCAGCUUAUAGGAAUAACAGUGUUCACAUUCAUGUGCCAGCACACCAUUCCCUCCAUUAUACUUCCUCUGGCUGAUAAAAGCAAAACUCUGAGGGUUGUAUUGAUAGACUACAUCAUUGUACUCCUGUAUUGCAGCAUAAUUGUGUUUUCUGCGGUCAUUAACAAGCCAGCAUCGCAGAUAAGUCCGCUGUACUCGUUAAACUUCAGUGAUCAUUCUGUCACUGUCUUGGCCAAGUUCCUCAGCUUGUAUCCUGUGUUUACAUUGAGUAGUAACUUUCCUCUGAUCUGCAUAACCCUGAGGAAUAACUUAAUGACACUUUUUCCAAUAUCAAAGGUAUGUUUAAUCAAAACAUUGCUUUUAUAUUAGAGUUGAAUACAAUCUGUGUUUUGCCCUGUUAUUGCUCCCUCGCGAGGCCCUGAGAGAUGGGUUAAAAUUGUGACAGCAAUGAAGGAAAGCACAGAUACAGUAGCAAAUUACCGACGGGACAUGGCCUCGUCCUCCAAUCACGAUUUUGAGCCUCAUAUUUAAGCAAAAAGACAUUUUUUCUUUUGUUAGAACCAAGUUUUAUAUGAGUUCACUUUUUUGCUAGAGAAGCGUAGGUACUGUUAUAAUGAAUCUCAUUAUCCUGGGAAUGGAUGCACAGUCUUGGUAAAAAAUGUUAUAAUGAAAAAUGGGUGUUGUAUGUCUUAUCUCAGGCUACAGCUCACCCACUGAUUAAAAAUCCUCCCUAUUUCCCCCCAAAAUAAUAUUCAAGUCUGGUUGGAUCAUUUUUGCUCCUGACUGAGCAACAUCAAUCAGAGUUGGGUGGGGGAAGGGUUUACUGAGGUAGCAAAUCUGUCGUGUGGGCAUCCUGUAGGUGACAAAGUGCCAAAUUCUUAACACUUUUUGUCCAAGAUGGCAGCUCCCAUCCAGCCACCCUACCUUGUCACAAGGCCCGGGUGAGUGUUCCCUAUUUCCUCAAGAUUCCAUAUCCACCACUAGAGAUGAUACCAGUAAUUAUGAUGAUAUAAUGAAAAUUAAUCGAUUUAUAAUGGCUUUUUUUUUUCAGGAUAUUUUUUGUAGGCAGCAACUCUUCACACUAAUUGCCCUCGUGCCUCCAGUAGUUAUUGCCAUUUUCAUACAUGAUGUUGGCCAGUUAGUGGCUCUGACAGUGAGUGAACUGAAAAAUCAUUUAUUGUUUCUUAUUCUCUGAACCCCACAUUCACCCUAGAUGUAUUAACUGCUGCAAAAAGUUUGACUUUCCUUCCAUUUUUUGAGGCCAGCCAAUAAAACUGUAAAGAUGAACCAUGCAGUGUUACUCAUAAGCAUAUGAUACACACAUCUUGCUCUUUUUAAAUUUACUAAUUUGCAAAUUGCAGUAAAAUUCUGUACAGAUAAAAUUUGCAAAACAAAAACAAUGAGUGAACGUACCAUGAAUGCUGUUUAAAGGAUUAUCCUUUUCAAACACCAGUUGACACAUUCAGCUCAUAAGAUGCGAAGCAAGUGGGAAGAACAAUGAGACUUUGUCACACUGUCAUGCUCUUCAGAAAUCACUGUUACCUUCCCUAAGUCCUUUUUACAAGACAUGUCAUGUGUUCUUGACUAACAAUUGUAUUUGCUUCAAUCCAUCAACAGGGUUCAUUUGCUGGACUGGCUAUCAUGUUUGUGACUCCAGGUUUACUUGUAUUGUAUUCCAGGGACAAACUGGAUAGAACAGUUCCCCAAUGGUGCCAAAUCCAUCACCACAAGUCACCUUUUCAACACAAAGCUUGGGUUUACCUCACUCUAGCUUUUGCUGCUUUUGUGCUUAUAACAAGAAUAUUUUAA